AUCCGCCGGCGAAGGCCCACGCCAGCCAUGCUCUUCCAGCUCUCCGAGCACUCCUCCCCAGAGGACGAGUCCCUGCCCUACCAGCGCGCCUCCGGCGAGGGCUGCCUGCUGAAACCAAAGAGGACCAACCCGUGUGCCUACACGCCACCCUCGCUCAAAGCGGUGCAGCGCAUCGUGCAGUCCCACCUGGAGAGCGGCCUGGCCGGGGGUGACAGCUCCGACGGGGAGGCCGAUGACGGGGACCAUGAGCUGGCCCGCGCCUGCGACCCCGUGACGCGCUGA